GGCACCCAUCACCACAGGCGCUGACUUCAACAGCUCCACUGAACUUAAACACUCUCGGAGAAUGUGUGGAAGAGCAGCCGGGACAGCACACAGCAUUUCUGGUGUAUAACGGUACCCGGAGGGGGAAAUUAAGUGACAUUUUUUAGCUAAAGAGAGUGGUUAACAACAUAUAUAUACCACUUUUAUUCCUCACCCCCAGAAUGACAAGUAAAAUGCAGGUAGUUUCGUACUUUUAACAACCUCGACAUAGCUAACUUAGCUCAAAGCAAUAAUCAAACUAACGUUAGCUUAACGCUAGUUGCUAGUUAACGUUAGUUGGGAUUUGGUUGUCCGCUAUUGUUUGGUGAUACAGUAACGUUACCGACGCAUACGUUGUUGUCAUUGCUAGCAUUGACACUCAUCAAAAAGCUCAAAGCGAUUUUCCAAGCUAUUUAACGUGGUUCACGUUAAUACAGAAACGACGUUGGCUGACUUGGAAUCAACAGGAUUACGACCUGAACAGAAAUAAACACUGGACUUUAACUUACCUCUAUCAAGGAGCUGAAUGGCCUCCGUUGUUGCAGUGAAAACUGAGAAGCGACCUGCAGCUGAUUCUCAGGAUGCAGACUCAAACGCUAAAAAGCCCAGGAAACUGCUGCCCAGCCUGAAGACCAAGCGAGCCCCCGAGCUUGUCCUGGUGAUUGGCACAGGGGUAAGCUCUGCAGUGGCCCCUCAGGUCCCUGCGCUCCGCUCCUGGAAAGGCCUCAUCCAGGCCUUGCUUGAUGCAGCCAAUGACUUUGACCUACUAGAGGAGGAGGAGAGUCGCCGUUUCCAGAAGCACAUGCAGGAAGAUAAGAAUUUGGUUCAUGUGGCCCAUGACCUCAUUCAGAAACUUUCCCCGAGAACAGGCAAUGUGCGAUCCACAUUCUUCAAGGACUGUCUGUACGAGGUGUUUGACGACUUGGAGUGCAAGAUGGAGCAUGCAGGGAAACAUCUACUACGCUCAGUGCUGCAGUUAAUGGAGAGUGGGGCACUGGUCCUCACUACUAACUUUGACAACCUGUUGGAGAUCUAUGCAGCUCACCAAGGCACCAAGCUGGAGUCUUUGGACCUGACAGAUGAGAAGAAGGUGUUGGAGUGGGCUCAGGAGAAACGGAGGUUAAGUGUUCUGCAUAUCCACGGUGUUUACACCAACCCCAGUGGUAUUGUACUGCACCCUGCUGGCUACCAGAAUGUACUGAGGAACACUGAGGUUAUGCGUGAGAUCCAGAAGCUGUACGAGACCAAAUCAUUUGUGUUUCUCGGCUGUGGGCGCACGGUAGACGACACAACCUUCCAGGCUCUUUUCUUGGAGGCAGUCAAACACAAGUCAGACCUGGAACACUUCAUGCUUGUGCGGCGGGAGGACGUGGGUGAGUUCAAGAAGCUGCGCGACAACAUGCUGGACAAGGGCAUUAAGGUCAUCUCCUAUGGAGACGAGUAUGCCGACCUGCCUGAGUACUUCGAGAGGCUGGCCAAUGAGAUCUGCAACCGCGACGUGUCUACCAACGACUGGGGACCUCCCUCACCAAAUGGGGAGGAACAGCAGAACGGCUUUAACACACAGAAAAGCCUCCUUCAAGACUAUCAUUCUUGACAGGCACACAGUCGGGAUCAGUAUCAGUCAUUUUUCCUCCACAGCUCCGUCGAGAGAUCAGUCUACUUUUGAGUAGUACUCAAAUCUGAUUUUUGAAUCAAUGAAUUUAGGAAUCCAGGAACACUAUGGGCAACGGGAAAAGCUGUUGUCAGUAUUUUACAGGUGUCCAUUAUUUUCCUUUAUUUUUUCUAGUUUAAAAGGGAAGGGAGACAUUUUAAGUAACUGUCAACACCAAUACCCAACCUCACAGUCCCACCGUACUGUGUUGCAAUGCUGCUCAACAUUUGGCAAGUUACAGUAGAAAAAAAGUGUUACACAGAAGACCAAAUGGUAUGUUCUCACUUCAACAUGACAAAUGAUAGAUCUGAAUCCGCUGGCAGAAGCUGACUGUGCUGCAUUGAUUCACUGUUUGGAUUUGGACUUUAAUCAGCUUGACCCACCUGUCCUGUAAGAGAAGCUCUGGGUGCAAGCUAUAACGCACAUCACUUAAGGAUUGUAUCCAUCACGCCGAACCGUGAAACCAGGAAAACUUGAUUUGCACACUACUGGGUGGGGAAUGGGGAUAAUUCUCUCUGACAUUAGAUGUUACUUGGUUUGCAAACACAUUAUGAUUCUGUCCUCAGAAGUUCAGAAGAUGUUUUCAUAGCAGAGAGGCUCCCAGCUGGUAGCAAUCACUUUGCCACUCCUGUGCUGUAAAUGUUCUUUGUAAGCCUUUUUUGUAUUUUUAAAACUUGCAUGUGUUUUCUGACAUAGUAUUUAUAAGUACUAUUUUCAAAAUAAAGCUUUUGGUAUCCCA